AUGGCCACCAUCCUCCACUACGCCGCCCGUUCCUCCCUUGCCACCUGUCUCCGGGUCAGCAAGCAGUUCCACGAGGAGGCCGGCAAGGUGCUCCACCAUACAGUGCGGAUCGACGGGUCCAACAUUGCUGGAUUCUUUUGCGGCGCGCUAGCUGGAACGAGCGUGAGCGAGGAUAGCCCGUGUCCCGCCAGCACCCUGGACAAUUGCGAAUGCUAUCCCUUGUACGACAGCGAUGACAACUUGAUUCGUGAGGCAACGGCCACUGCGAGCCCGAAUGCGACCAGGCAGCGGGUUCCGGAUUUCACCGCGCCAAACUUCAAGGGAAGCCUCCUGGCCCACGUUCAAGUACUGUCCGUCGGGACACACCACACCUGCGCCUGCUACCACUACGGCGAGCACGUCGCGCCCCUCCUCUACAACCUUCACACACUUUGUGCUGUUCCCUGCCUCAAUUCUGACGGCGAGCUUGGCACUCUGCCUCUGGGUCACCCCUCUCCAGAAGAUGUCAUCACAACCCUGCGCGGCGCCCGCGAAGCAUGCACGGUCGUCGGGCUCGAAACCGUUCGGUUCCCGUCCGUCAACCUCGACAGUGGCCGCCUUCGACAGCUCGUCAAGGAUGAGCUUCUCACCGGUGCUCUCCAGGGGGAACAGUCAGAAGACAGCGGCGACGACUUCAGCCACGACAUGAUGUUUCAGACCCUCGACGAGUAUUACGCCCUCCCCGAGUCAGAGCGCCUCUACGAGCUCCACGACCGGCUUCCGUCAUGGCGCGCCUCCCCUGACGUGGGGCCCUCCGCCGCCGACCUCAUCCUCCAACCGCACAUCCUUCAUGCCAUCCUCCAGUCGUCCGACCGUGCGACACUCGCGACAUGUCUGCGCGUCAACCAGCUCUUCCUCGCGCAGGCCGGCCCGCUGCUCUACCACACUGUCCGCGUCGACCAGAGCAACAUCCAGGCCUUCUUCCGCGGCGUGUACGUCGGCACCGAAGGCACCGAGGAGAUCAGGAUGUGCAACUUGCUCGAUGGGCGGAGCAGCUGCGACCGGUUCUCGGACCGCCCCGAAUCAGCAGCAUGGGAAGGACCGUCGUUGUAUGCCCACGCCCGUCGGACGGAGCCUCUGGAGCAGAUCCCUGGAGCUCCGACGAACUUCAAGGCGGAGCUUCUUGCUCAUGUCCGCGUGCUGUCGCUUGGCUCACACCACGCCUGCAUGUGCCACGUCUUUGGCCAGUGCAUUGGUCCUCUCCUUAAGCGCCUAGACACUCUUCGCAUCGUCCAUACCCCUGCAACGCCAAUAACCGUCAACGUCAUCUGCGACAAUGGGUACUAUUGCCCCCUGUUCGAUAGCAUGCGGCCCAGGAAGCUGGUCUUCCGCAACGUCGGGCAGGAACCCCUCUUCUGCUGCCAAGGAUGGAACCACGAGUGGAAGCAAGACACUCUGGAAGAACUAGUGCAUGUCCUCCCCACCGACGGAGCCGUGUACAGGAACCACAUUGGACGUAGCCUGGUUGCUAUGGCAAAGUUCAAUCAUCACGCCAAGGUCAUCUUCGACAGUCAGUGGGAGGUGUGGACCGACCCAGUCCGCCCCGACACGAUCACCUCGGGCAUUGGUCGCCCUGCGCAUCCUAUCGAUGUGAUUGAUUGCCUGGUCGACCUCGAAUCGAGCUCCAUCUACGGUCUGGAUGGUGUCCACUUCACCAAGGGCAUUUCAUCCGACAUUGAUCAGUGUGAAUUGGUCACCGAGUUCCAGCUUGCGUAUCCCCACGAGUCGACCACCUCGGAGCGGCUUCGCCAGCUCGUUAAGGACGAGAUAAAGCGGCCCGUGUACUGGGCCGGCCUCAUCGGCGAAGAGGUGCUAGACCAGUUAAAGCCCUUCGAGUUCCACACUCUAGCCGAGUACGCUCUUCUGCCCGUCGAGGAGCGCAGGUUCGAGCUGGACGACGGCCUCGACGACACACUCCGAGUCGCGUCGUUGGAGAGCCAGGCAAUGUUCAAGCCGGUCUCGCCAAGGUCGCUUUUGGAGGUCGCUAACGAGAAAUGGGCCGAACGUGGUUGUGAAGACUUUGAUGCGUCGCUCCUUGCUGGACACGAUGGGCUCGUUUCAUUCACGACUGCCACGGCGCGUCAUUUGUGGAGGAACGCCGAGGUGGACGAGUAG